UGUUUGAGUCAUGAUUUUGUUACAAAAUAAUGAGCGGGAGCCCUAUACCGACUCAUUUGCAACUGAAAACAAUGAUUCGGAAACUAUACACAUGGUCGAUGUCAAUGGAUGUAAAAAGAAUUCGAUUAAUUUUCAAAUAACAGGUGCUGAUCAAAUAAGCUCCACUGACAAAAAUAAAACCAGUUGCUUUGACCCAACCCUUGGUAAUGAAAUUAUAUCCAAUGAGUUCAAAAGCUGCAGUGGAAAAAUGCAUCUCAACAGUACGUCAAAAGGUCCUUUCCGGCCAUCAGUUUCUGCUGAUUCUUCAUUAUUUCCUGCUACAAUUGGUGCUGUAGUUUGGGCAAAAUUGAAAGAGUUUCCGUGGUGGCCUUGCAUCGUUGUUAAAGACUCCUCUUGUGGUGAUGAAUUUAUCGGCAAUAAUAUGAAGAGUAAAAAUAAUGAGAAUGUAGUUAUAGUAAGAAGUAAUUAUUGCGUAGUUUCAACCCUGGGCACGUAUUGCUCUGAGCAUUCAAUUCAUAAUGACCACGUACAACAUUAUCACUCUGCAAUGGAUUACAACAUAUUGAAUCAAGAGACCCGAUUACUGAGAAAUUGUAUUGCGCCGAAUAAAACUGACAAGAGUCAGAUGUCGCCUAAGAAGAUGCGCCAAGCUUGGAAAAGAGCUAUUUUAGAUGCCAAUGAAUUAAAAAGUGUCCUUAACGUUGAAAAUCGACUCAAUCUUUUUUUCACUCGGUUUCCGAACAGAAAGUAUCUACUGCCUGAAGUGUUAGUUAGAACCUUACAUUUUGAGCGAAAACCAGAUGUCCCAUUAGUUUGGAGAAGCUUUGCACAGUUAUCCGAUGAACCAAGCUCUUUGCAUCUUGCAAUCCAGAAUUCACGAAAAAGAAAACUCGCUUCUAAUAGUAAAAUUAAUGGACGCAGGGAAGAUUUUUUGCAUGAGAUAUUGAGUGGGAGUCAUAUGAACUUUGAUACGGAUUCAAGCAGCGAAAGUGGAUCGGUGGACGGGAGAAAAGCGAAGCAGAAAAUGAAAUCCUUCUCAGCGGAGCUGGCUCCUUUUAAAGUCACUUCAACUCUAGAAGCGUUAAACAAAAAUCCUUCUCUUAAAGACUAUUCAAAAAGUCUUUCCAAUCCACAGGCAGCUAGAGGUCGACCACUCAAGCUGGCAAGUAAGAGAACGCUUGAAUCUACAAUUGAAUUUACAAAAGAUAGCGAGAAAUUGGAUGCAUAUUUUUCACCUGUGGACUGGAGCUCAAUUUUGUCUAAUGUGGCUUUUUUCAAAAAUAGUGUUUGUGUGGUGUGUGAGUUGGCGGGAGAAUUGCUUUUGUGUCGCGUUUGUGUUUUGUUUUAUCAUCGAAACUGUUAUCAGUAUCUCUACAAUGAUGACGAAUGUCCAGAAAACGCUGCAGAAUUUACAUGUAAAGAGUGCAGGAAUGGAGAAGUGUUUUGUUUUGCGUGUAUGGAGGAAAUUGAAGCGCCAAGAAAUGACGAAUCCGUUUUGUUUUGUUCCAUAAAACUGUGCCGAAAAUACUAUCACAGAAACUGUGCAGAGAAAUUCAAGGUGCGCUUAGACAGCGACCAGGAAUCGGAGAAUCAGUUGAACAAUUUGAGCCUCUCUUCAUCCGAGUGCAGUAGUAGUACUAGUGAGGGUGUUGGGAAGAACGAGUUUGUGUGUCCACAGCAUGUCUGUGCGACAUGUUAUGUGGCAGAUCCUCAUGACCUUAACUACUCAAAAGGAAAAUUUAUCAAAUGUCAUAGGUGUCCCCUUGCAUAUCACUCUCAAAAUGACGAAGCAUGUAUCCCAGCCGGGUCCAACAUAGUGUCUUCAGCCCAUCUGGUGUGUCCCCUGCACUUCAGAAUGCCCCAGAAGAACAUCAAUGUAAACUGGUGCUUCUUCUGCUCAGAAGGAGGACAGCUAGUCUGCUGCGAAUUCUGUCCCGCCGCUUUCCACAGAAGCUGUUUGCCCAAGAGUGAAAUUAUCCAUGAUCAGAAACACUGGCUCUGUGAAAAUUGCAGGUGUGGAAGUUUCCCCAAAUAUGGAGACGUUGUCUGGGCAAAGCUGGCCCAAUUUCGAUUUUGGCCAGCUCAAGUCGUACAUCCUUGGUUGAUUCCGGAAAAUGUGAUGCGGGCAUCAAGCAGUAUAGGAGAAUACGUGGUAUACUUCUUCGGAACCUACAACUACUCGUGGCUGCCUGGGCACCGAGUGUUCCUUUACGAGCAAGACGACGACAAAUCGAGACAAAAUCAGUCUGGUCCUAAUGGUCUGCAGAAAGGAUACAACAGAGGCGUUCAGGAGGCCGCAAUUGCCUAUAGGGCGUUCUGUACGCGCAAUGAGCAGAAAAUCAUAGAUGCCCAGAAGAAAUUAGACGAUAGUGGCAAACCGCCGGCCUACAAGUAUAUGCCCCAGAACAGACCAGUAUAUCCGGUUAAGAUCAAAGCGUGUGCUGUAGAGGACAACUCGGUGUGCUCGUGCAAGCCGACAGAUGAGGAUCCCUGUGGACCCGAGAGCAACUGCAUGAACAGAAUCACUCAGUUCGAAUGUCAUCCCGCAACUUGUCCCGCUGGAGCUGACAGGUGUGGCAACCAGAGGUUCAAGAUGUUCCAGUACAGUCCUACUGAGAUCUUCCGCAGUGAUCAGAAGGGGUGGGGAUUGAGGGCCACUGAUGAUAUUGGGGAGGGUGUGUUUGUGGGAGAGUACUGCGGAGAACUCAUCGAUGAAAAGGAGUGUGAGAAACGCGUGAGACAGCAGAACUUGGAGCAGAACUACAACUUCUACUUCUGUGUGCUGGACAGAGACCGGGUGAUAGAUGCCUCCAGGAAGGGCAACCACCUCCGCUUCAUCAACCAUAGCUGCCAGCCCAACUGCCAAACUCAGGUGUGGACAGUGAAUGGGGACCAGCGAGUGGGGGUGUUUACCCUGAGAGAAAUAGAGAAGAAUGAAGAACUCACCUUCAACUACAACCUGGAAACACUCGGUGAGACCAAAAUUCGCUGCUUCUGUGGCGCCCCAGCUUGUUCCGGCUACAUCGGAAUCAAAAACAAGCCAACAGAAGAGACACAAAACAGCAAGAAAGUACCGGGGAGACAGAAGAAAGACAACAAGGCUAAAAUGGAAGGAAUUAGUGACGGUGAACACGUGUGCUUCAAAUGUGGCAAAAUGAUUGCAGAAGGUGGAGCGAAGGUUACAUGUGGAAGGGCGAUGUGCGAGAAAGUGUAUCAUUUUGAAUGUGUUCAAAAAAGAGUGAAUGAGUAUAAAACUAAGAAGUGGAGCUGUGAACGGCAUUCGUGUCACAUUUGUGAAGAGUUGCACGGCAAAUCGAAAGGAGUGCCGAAGAGAGCCGUCUUCAGUUGUGAAGAUUGUGUAAAGGCAGCUUGUGCUCAACAUGCAACAGGUUUCAUUGUAGUAACUGACAUGAAAACAGGGCAGAUGAAAUGCGUAACAUGUGCUCAGAAAACAUCAUUAACAAAUGACAAGCUUUUUAAGGGUGUAGAAAUACAAAAUGAAAGCCUAACUAAUUCGAUGGGCGAGGAAAAUGAAAGAACUGACAGUGCUCGACCCAUGUUAGGUCCUCAUUUUACGCUGGACGAAGACCAGGACUUGGAGAGGUUGACCAGUCAGUGCAUGUUGUCACUGGCGGAAAAAAUAGCGGAAAAGCUGGCACAGAAACGUUCAGAGGACAAUAAUGGUGAUCAAGAAAGUUAUACUAACAGUGCGGUUGAUGAAAUUAUCCCACUUCAUGAUAAGCAGAAGCAAAAGAUAUUUGAGCUCGGAUCUGAUUCAGAGACAGAGACAGAAGUGAGCGUUCUAAAUAAGGCUGAUCCUGAAAUUGAGAUCAAAACAGAAGUUGUUGCUGCAGAAAUACCUGAAAAGAAAGAAAACUUAAUGGAAUUGGCUUCUACAGAACUCGAAAAUGAAAUCAGCACAUCAAUGGAAUCAUGACUACUCGACAAAGCCCACGAAAAUUUAUCCAGAUGAGACAAGCUAACGUAGCUGAGAAUAGGUUACCAGUUUUGCUCUGAAACGUCAGCUUUUUUACAAUUGUCAUCAGCUGAAAAUAUUAUCAGCAGCAGAAUAUACAUGAAAAAACUUUCUGCAACUAUUUGAUUGAACUGACUAUUUAGGCUUUUUAAUUACGUUGAAUUUGAUUUAAGAAUUCAAGUUCGUGAUUAAAACAUUAUCGUCCCUAGUUAAACCCUGAAAAUUCCAACAACCUGCUAAAAAUUUAAUUUCAAGAAAUUGAUUUUUUUUCUCGAAGAUUGAUCUAUCAAGCCUUUUUGAUUAGUUUCAUGUCAUUUUUUAAUGUCCAAUGCAAAUUGGCUUAUUAAUUUUUAUUUAUCUUGUCAAUAUCAAACGUUUUGUUUUUUGAUGCAUUCAAGUUUUGACCGUUGAGUUAUUUAAUAAAAUAUUUUGAAUCA